AAAAUGUCUAAAAAUCUUUCGACUGCUGAUCCAAAACGUCCCAAUAACAUUGUCCCAUAUCACCUUCCGAAAAAAGAAUUGGACGAAGUUGACCCAGAUUUUUUUGGAGUCGUAUCACUUUUGUUUA